AUGGCAAGGAUAGGAGAAAAUUCACAAGAGAGGUUUCGUGGUGAGAAUCGUUCACCACAAGAUGACGACGAAGCAAUGGAAGGUAUCACCGAUUCAUCAGAGUACGUCGAAAUGUGGAUUGACUUGUUCUUAGGUCGUAAGGGUCAUGAAUACUUCUGUGAUGUGGAUCCCGAGUACAUUACCGAUAGGUUUAACCUAAUCAAUUUGCAGAAGACUGUUUCAAAAUUUACACAAGUGGUACAGUACAUUGUGGAUGAAUUAGAUGAGUAUGUGUUGGAGGGAAUGAGCCAUGCCCGUUUAGAACAGUUGGAAAGUGACGCAAGGAAGUUUUACGGUUUGAUUCACGCUCGUUAUAUUAUCACAGUUAAAGGUUUACAGAAGAUGUUAGAGAAAUACAAGGAUGCAGAUUUCGGUCGCUGCCCCAGAGUUCACUGUAAUUUGCAACCCCUUUUGCCUGUUGGUCUUCACGAUGUUCCUGGAAUUGACUGUGUCAAAUUGUACUGUCCCUCUUGUGAAGAUCUAUAUAUUCCAAAAUCUUCAAGACACAGUACCAUUGAUGGUGCUUACUUUGGUACCAGUUUCCCUGGUAUGUUUUUACAAGCUUUCCCAGAGAUGGUACCUCAGCAUCCUGUCAAAAGGUACGUCCCUAAGAUAUUUGGUUUCGAAUUACACAAACAAGCUCAGUUAGCUCGUUGGCAAGAACUGCAAAGGCGUAAAUUGGAGCAGAAAUUGAUCUCCAUAGGUGUUGACCUUUCAAGUAACGGUGGGUAUAAGAAAUAG